AUGCCACCCAAACACUCGGGCAUGCCGCCCCAGCCCCAAAGAGCACGGAAGAGUGUGCGCACACCUGUGUCGAGGGCCCCGUCAACAAGCUGCAAGCGCGCCCGCGAGCCCAGUCUCGACAACAACAGCCCUCAGCCUGGUGACGCAAUCCGGUUGCAAACACCCUCCAACUCAAAUGAAAUAAACACCAAUUCCAAGGCGGCAUCUCCAGAAAGCGAUGCGCAGCCGGCACGUCGUAGCGCGUCGAGCGAACUGACUUCGCCAAUGAUGUCACCUAGGCUGCGUGCACUGCAGGCAUCUAUGGAAGAAUCUCGAAACACCAGUCCUAGGAAAAACUCCAUCUCGUAUGGUUGCUUCAACUCGCAACCUCAUCUGAAAGGUCAUUUUUAUUCGGCCAAUCAGCUCUUUGCGCGGGGCGUCUGGAUUGGCUACCUGGCUCCGGACAGGCAAAGCCAAUCAUUCCGAGGGCUUCCCUCCUUUCACGACUUGAAGGCCAAUUACAAGAAGUUCACUCCUCCACACCCUCCUAUAGUAUCAGGGAGUCCUAGGGAGAAUCGCAACGCUGUCUGCCGAGGCUGUGCUAGGGAAGACUCAGCUGUUAUUGCCUUCAGCGAAGUGCAGUUCGGACCGAAGGUUGUGAGUUGUACCGAGAAACAUACAAUCUACAUCGUUCAGAAUACUGACAGCAUACAGAAGGUCGUUAUUAUGCCACUCGACGGCGACGACGACGCUGGGGUUUUUGCCAUCAUGCUACCUCAGACGAGUGACAGGUCUUUACAAGGUCUUCAAGCCUAUCGCCCCUACGAGAUCAGUGGAGGUGGUCUGGGAGACAAGUUCGCCAACAAUUUCAUGAUGCUCACACUUCGCAAUCCUGACAGCGAUGCUGGCACAUUAGAGACCGUGCUCUCAGUGUUGUCUCCGCAAGAGCGAGCUGACAUCGCCUCGAAGCUUAGGGGACUACCGGAACCAAGACAUCGUCUCUCUUCUACCCCCAAGCUAUCGAAAUCUACUGAUGAAGAUGCUGCACAUUCAGCACCGAAUGCCGCACCUCCAGCAUCGAAUGCCAUGGCAAAGGUCGAUGAUGAUGAAAGCGAUGCUCAUACUAAGCAACCCGCAGCGAGGAAGCGGCGAAAGCUUAGCGAAAACAGGACACAGAUAUCGGACGUGAUCGACGUUGUUCCCAAGGAUAGCAGUACAUGCCCUUCACAGUUGCAACCAGAACAACAACCGACACCACAACAAGAACCGACACCACAACCUGUAGCGGAGCCACAGCCAGAGCCGGAACCCCGAACCCAACCCCAACCCCAACCGCAGCCACAGAUACAUACACAGACUCAACGAACGUCAGAAACACCUGUCGACGAUGUCAAACAGCAUGCUCCAACGCCCGCGGAUACAUUCAAACCUCCGCCUCAAGUCAUCAAGCGCACAAACUCGACCAGCAUCAUCUCUCUUGAUUUGACCGACGAACAAGCCGAGCGCGUGUACUUUAUCUGGUCGGUCGAUGAUGAAGGCAUGGAAAUGGAUUUUAUUCAUACGCUGCGCGAAUGCAAGUCUUUUGGAGGCCUGCUCAGCCUGCUGGAGGAGGAAUCUGAGGACCUACCGUCUGCUGCGAGCAUAUUGGAGAAAACAAAAACCUGGAAACUGAUAUACGAUCUUGGUGACGGUAUCAGCAAAGCGAUCGUAGCCCGCAAAGGCACGGAGACCGCAUUCGAUCGUCUACAGACUACACUUGCUCAAGCCUCUAUCUGGGCAGACAAUCCUCAAGCAAAAGUCGAUAUCGUACUCAAGUCUUUGAGCCGGCCAAACCCUGCUUGA